AUGGAUAUGAACCUGCCCGCUAUUGAUUGUAUCCAACGUAAGCUUACUUUCUGUUGGAUUCAUAAGCUUUUAAUACAAAGUUGUCGGGUUGCGUUUUCAAUUUACUCUUCAUAAAGAAACAUUCUCACUUAACUUAAUCUUACAGCGUUAUAACGUCAAAGGGAACCUAGUUUCCCAUCACAGUAUCUACUUCCAACACUAUCAUCAGAAUGUCCAUGAAAAAUGCUGCCGGAGAAGUGUGGUCCAACUAUGGCAAGGCGUUUAUGAUUUUGGCAAAGGACGGCCCCGGCAUCAUUCCAGCAAGGGACAUGGUAAAAGCCACCAACAAGCUCUACCCCUACGCCUCCGCCCUCUCUGUGCUCGAUCUCGGCUGCGGCGUCGGCGAGCUCACAAACAGCGUCAUCGAAUCCCAUGGCUCCGACUUACCCCCGUCCUCCCAACUCCUCGCCUCCGACAUAGCCGCCGGCAUGCUCAGCCAGCUUGAGCUCCGCAAGACCAACGCACUGGCAAAGGGGAUCACGGCUUGGGAAAAGGUCGAAACUUCCGUUGACGAUGCCCAGGAUCUCUCUGCAUUCUCAGAUAACUCAGUGAGCCAUGUGCUUGCGGGUUUCAUGCUUUUCAUGAUCCCGCAACCACGCACUGCAUUGAAGGAAAUCCGCCGCGUGCUCACGGAUGAGAAUGGCGGCGGCGCGUUUGCAAUGAGCUCUUGGCUGGAGCUGGAUAGCGAGUGGUAUCAUAUCAUGACGCUUACGAACCAGUUCCGCCCGGAGAGACCAUCGGUGAAGAUGCCCCAGACGUGGCUCACGAUUGAUGGGAUUCGAGGCGAGCUUGAGGAGGCAGGGUUUCGAGAUGUGGAUGUGUAUCCGCUGAAGACGUAUCUUCCGUUUGAGGGACAUGAGCAGCUGGCGGAUUUCAUGAUGUAUACGUUUCCUAAUAUGGAUAGAAUGACUGCGGGGUUUACGGAAGAGGAACUGAAGGAGCUGCGAAGGCAGAUUAUCGAAUAUGUCCAAUCGCGCCACCCUACAGCACCUUCGAAGCUGGAAGGCACUGCUAUCAUUGCAGUGUGCAGGAAGUAAAUAGGGGGUUGGAGGCAAUAUGGAGGAUACAUAGCUCAUCUGAUGGUAAAUACUAAGGC